CUUCUUCUUCUUCUUCUUCUUCAGUCUUGUUAUAUAUACAAUAUGGGUAGUAGUAUAUCUAAAGUAAAUUGUGGUGAUAUCACAAUACAUAAGAAAUACAAUAGACAUAGUCAUCGUCGUCCUACUAUUAAAAUUGAUAAAUCUCAAAUUGGUAAACCUACUGAUUUUAGGCAUACUUAUCAUGUUGGUAAUAAUAGUCCUGUCACAGAUGAAUUUCUAGAUGGUGCAACCAAAAAAGAAUCAGCUAAUUCAGACCUGUUGGCUACAAUGGCACAAAUUACAGAUGCACUGCAGAAAUUCCCACUUCAUACAGCAAGACAUCAAUAUAGUCCCAUGAAGACGUGUCUAGUCUCACCUUUACUGCCCACAACAACAAAAAUUGGUGUAAGCCAUAGUGAUCAACAAAUUUCCCGCCAUCGUCAACGUCGCCCUGUACCUUCCUUAACAUCGCUUAACAAGAAAAAACAAUCAUUGGAGACCUCUACUUCCAUGAUCAUCAGUUCAGCAAAAUUAUUCGAUGAUGGCUUGAUGAAGAACCUAAGUGAAAAAGAAAAGAAUAUCUUGCAUAUCUCCAAAAGUAGCUCUGCCCAACCAACACAGCAUUCUCCAAUUUUGAAAGCCAAGGACGAGGAAGAAGAAAUAUCAACUAUGGACGUUACAGGAGGAUAUUAUGACUUUAGUUCUUGUCUUCAGAGUAGAAUUGACGCUCAGAUUAUUGAAAUUGCUAGAGCUAGAUCUAAAAACAAGAACAUUCGAUCUCCUAAAACUAAUAAUAAUUUGCUUUUGGGUAAACCGGCUAUUAUGAUUUAA